AUGGCUCCCACCGCCGUUGCCGUCAAGACCGAGCCCAGGCCGGCCGACCUGGCCGCCCUGACGGCUGAGUUUGACGGCACCCUGCGCUUCUACCUCAACGGUACCAAGGUCGUCCUCGACGACAUCGACCCCGAGGUCACCGUCCUCGAGUACCUGCGCGGCAUCGGCCUGACAGGCACCAAACUAGGCUGCGGCGAGGGCGGCUGCGGCGCCUGCACCAUUGUCGUCUCCCAGUUCAACCCCACCACUCGCCAAAUCUACCACGCUUCCGUCAAUGCCUGCCUCGCGCCCCUCGUCAGCCUCGACGGCAAGCACGUCAUCACCAUCGAGGGCAUCGGCAACACCAAGCGCCCGCACCCGACCCAGGAGCGCGUCGCCCGCGGCCACGGCAGCCAGUGCGGCUUCUGCACCCCGGGCAUCGUCAUGAGCCUUUAUGCGCUGCUGCGCAACAACGACGCCCCCUCGGCGCACGACGUCGAAGAGGCCUUUGACGGCAAUCUGUGCCGCUGCACCGGCUACCGUCCGAUUCUAGACGCUGCGCAGACUUUUAGCGUGAAGAAGGAGGCCGCCAGUGAGUGCUGCAUAGAAACCAAGACGAACGGCGCUUCCAACGGCGCGAAUGGCACAAACGGGGCGAAUGGCAAGAAAAAUGGCAGUGGCUGUUGCAUGGAAAACGGCAACGGCCCUGCCAGUGGCGGAUGCUGCAUGGACAAGAUCAAGGACGACCAACCCAUUAAACGCUUCACCCCACCCGGCUUCAUUGAAUACAAGCCUGACACCGAGCUCAUCUUCCCACCGCUGCUCAAAAAGCACGAGUUGCGGCCUCUCGCCUUUGGCACCAAGAAGAAGACCUGGUACCGGCCCGUCACCCUCGACCAGCUUCUGCAAAUCAAGAGUGUCUACCCCCAGGCCAAAAUCAUCGGCGGCAGCACAGAAACCCAGAUUGAAAUCAAGUUCAAGGCCCUGCAGUAUCCCGUCUCUGUCUACGUUGGUGACAUUGCCGAGCUCCGGCAGUACAAGUUUUACGAUGACCACAUGGAAAUCGGCGGCAACGUCACCCUGACUGAUCUUGAGAAGCUCUGCGAGACGGCCAUGGAGCACUACGGCCCCGCCCGCGCGCAAGUCUUUGCGGGCAUUCUGAAGCAGCUCAAAUACUUUGCCGGGCGCCAGAUUCGCAACGUUGGCACCCCGGCCGGUAACCUCGUUACGGCCUCACCCAUCUCCGACCUGAACCCGGCGCUGUGGGGCGCCAACGCCGUGCUCGUCGCCAAGUCGGCGGCUGGGGAGACGGAGAUUCACAUGUCCCAGUUCUUCACCGGCUACCGCAGGACCGCGCUCGCGCCCGACGCCGUCAUUGCCUCCAUUCGCAUCCCGGUCACGGCCGCCAAAGGCGAGUUUUACCGCACCUACAAGCAGGCCAAACGAAAGGACGACGAUAUUGCCAUUGUCACCAGCGCGCUGCGCGUCAAGCUGGACGACGCCGGCCUCGUCCAGGAGACGAACCUCAUCUACGGUGGCAUGGCGGCCACCACCGUCGCGGCCACAUCGGCCGAGGCGUUCCUCAUCGGCAAGCCCUUUGCGGAGCUGGAGACGCUCGAGGGCGUCAUGAGCGCGCUCGGCCGCGACUUUGACAUGCAGUUUAGCGUUCCCGGCGGUAUGGCGUCCUACCGCAAGGCGCUUGCCUUUGGCUUCUUUUACCGAUUCUACCACGAUGCCUUGUCGGCCCUAGACGGCAAAAAUGCCGACAGGCAGGCCGUGGACGAGAUCGAGCGCGAGCUGUCCGUCGGCCAGAUUGACCACGACGCGGCGCAGAAAUACGAGCUCGCGGUGACGGGCAAGUCGAACCCGCACGUCGCCGCCCUCAAGCAGACGACGGGCGAGGCGCAGUACACCGACGACAUACCGCAGAUGAAGAAUGAGCUGUACGGCUGCUGGGUGCUGUCGACCAAGGCGCGCGCCAAAAUUCUGUCCGUUGACUACGCCAAGGCGCUGGAUAUGCCUGGCGUGGUCGACUACAUUGACGCCAGCGACAUGCCCGACGAUGAGGCCAACAAGUUUGGGCCGCCGCACUUUGACGAGCGCUUCUUUGCCGAGGGCGAGGUGUUUACCGCUGGCCAGGCCAUUGCCAUGAUCCUGGCCACCUCGCCUACCAAGGCCGCCGAAGCGGCCCGCGCCGUAAAGGUCGAGUACGAGACGCUGCCCUGCGUGCUCACCAUGGAGGAGGCCAUUGAGCAAGAGAGCUUCCACCCCGUCUACAGAGAGAUUAAGAAGGGCAACACCGAAGAGGCGUUCAAAAACUCGGAUCACGUCUUUACCGGCACCGUGCGCAUGGGCGGCCAGGAGCACUUUUACCUCGAGACCAACGCGUGCCUGGCCGUGCCCUCCCCCGAAGACGGCGCCAUGGAGAUCUUCGCCAGCACGCAAAACGCCAACGAGACGCAAGUGUUUGCCGCGCGCACGUGCGGCGUGGCGGCCAACAAGGUCGUCGUCCGCGUCAAGCGUCUUGGCGGCGGUUUUGGUGGCAAGGAGUCGCGUUCCGUCAUUCUCAGCUCCGUCGUCGCGCUGGCGGCCAAGAAGACGAAGCGGCCGGUCCGCUGCAUGCUCACCCGCGAGGAGGACAUGCUGACCAUGGGCCAGCGCCACCCCUUCCUCGCACACUACAAGGUCGGCGUCAACAAGGACGGCAAGCUGCAGGCGCUGGACCUGUCCGUGUACAACAAUGCCGGCUGGACGUUUGACCUGAGCACCGCCGUGUGCGAGCGGGCCAUGACGCACUCGGACGGCUGCUACAGCAUCCCAAACGUGUUCAUCCGCGGCCGCCUGUGCAAGACAAACACGGUCUCCAACACGGCUUUCCGUGGCUUUGGCGGCCCGCAGGGCAACUUCAUCGCCGAGACGUACAUGGAGGAAGUCGCCGACCGUCUGGGCAUGCCGGUGGAGUUGCUGCGCGACAUCAACUUCUACAAGCACCACGAGGACACGCAUUUCAACCAGACGCUGCAGGACUGGCACGUGCCGCUCAUGUACAAGCAAGUCCACGACGGGUUCCGCUACCGGGAGCGGCGCCGGCGUAUAGCGGCGUUCAACCUGGACAACAAGUGGCGCAAGCGCGGGCUGUCCCUCAUCCCGACCAAGUUUGGCAUCUCGUUUACCGCGCUCUGGCUCAACCAGGCCGGCGCGCUGGUGCACGUGUACCACGACGGGUCGGUGCUGGUCGCGCACGGCGGCACGGAGAUGGGCCAGGGCCUGCACACCAAGAUGACCAUGAUUGCGGCGCAGGCGCUGGGCGUGCCGCUGGACAAUGUCUUCAUCUCCGAGACGGCGACCAACACCGUCGCCAACGCCUCGGCCACGGCGGCCUCGGCGUCGUCGGACCUCAACGGCUUCGCCGUCUACAACGCCUGCGCGCAGCUCAACGAGCGGCUGCAGCCGUACCGCGACAAGCUCGGGCCCUCGGCGUCGAUGAAGGACCUCGCGCACGCGGCCUACUUUGACCGCGUCAACCUCUCGGCGCAGGGCUUCUACAAGACGCCCGAGAUUGGCUACUCGUGGACCGAGAACAAGGGCAAGAUGUUCUUUUACUUUACGCAGGGCGUCGCCGCCGCCGAGGUCGAGGUCGACCUGCUCACCGGCUCGUGGACCUGUCUCGAGGCCGACGUCAAGAUGGACGUCGGCCAGUCCAUCAACCCGGCCAUUGACUACGGCCAGAUCCAGGGCGCGUUUGUCCAGGGCAUGGGCCUCUUCACCAUGGAGGAGUCGCUCUGGCUGCGCGCCGGGCCCAUGGCCGGCAACCUGUUUACGCGCGGGCCCGGCGCGUACAAGAUCCCCGGCUUCCGCGACAUCCCCCAGAAAUUCAACGUCGCGCUGCUCAAGGACGUCGAGUGGACCGAGCUGCGCACCAUUCAGCGCAGCAGGGGCGUCGGCGAGCCGCCCCUGUUCCUCGGCAGCGUCGUGUUUUUUGCCAUUCGCGACGCGCUCAAGGCCGCCAGGCGCGCCGAGGGCGUAGAGGCCGAGGUCGGUGUGGACGCGGCCAGGGGCCUGCUGCGGCUGGAGAGCCCGGCGACGGCGGAGAGGAUUCGGCUGGCGUGUGAGGAUGGCAUCAUGAAGAGGGCAAGGGUGGCGCCCAAGGAGGGUGAGAAGAGCUUUUUUGUGUAUAUUUAA